AACAUGAGUGGGCACUGCCGGGCAGGGAAGCAGCUGGACGCAAGCAAGCAGUGACCUGCAAUAAUACCGUUUCGUUUUUAAAUAUAUAUGUAUUCAGAGCCGCCGUUUUGUUCCCCCCCCACGCGGUAAAGUAACAAUGAACUGGCGCAAAUGCGGUUUUUUAGCGCCCGGAAGUAAAAUGCGUUCGCUCGCUUUGCGUCUUUUAGCUCGGCGCUAGCUAGGCGAGCAGCGGGAGCGGCAGCCGAUGGAGCGCCUUUUUGUGUAGCUAUGAACGUUCGUCUUUCGGUAACAUUUCUCUUCUAGUUGACCUGCAUUGUGCAGCACAUUUUAUAUAAGCGACAGCCUCGGUUGCGUCUGUCCAAGUAGCUACAUGACACGUUUCUUCUGCGGGGUCUCCGGUACUAACGUUAGCUCAGCCGAUGCGUUCACUGCCGCGCGGAGCUCCCAAGUGGUUUUUUUAACGUUGCGGAGUGCAGACGAGUCGGGUCCCGGCUCUCGGUUAUUGCAACUUUUAGUAACAUAUCGUGGUUUCACUAAGAACAAAAAAAAAAGCCAUGACUGCGGUGGACGUGUGAAGCAGGAGAAUGAGUGUGCGCCUCUUGGAAGCGAGAGGACGCCACCAUCUUUCCACCGAAGACUGUCCAGCUCAACGUAUCGAUUAGCUGACCAACACUUACCGGAGCGCACACACACAAGAGUCCGUGAAAAGCUACCGCUCUCGGCUUUAUCGACUAGUCUCGUCCAGCUCUUCUGUCCCAUGGCUGCUGUCAGUAACGUGCUGUCUCAGCUCGGAGACGUGGCACUGGCAGGUCCAGGACCAGUGUCCGUCACCAACACGUCGGUGUCCGCCACUCCGACGCCCGGUACUGAUAACCGGGGCUGCGGAGAACGGGCGCCCUUGAUGGACUCGUUCGGGAUAUUUCUGCAAGGACUUCUGGCUAUGAUGGCUUUCAGCACGCUGAUGUUGAAACGCUUCAGGGAGCCAAAACAUGAGCGCAGACCCUGGAGGAUCUGGUUCCUGGACACCUCAAAACAGGCCAUUGGGAUGCUGUUUAUCCACUUUGCUAAUGUCUACUUGUCAGAUCUCACAGAGGAGGAUCCUUGCUCUCUAUACCUCAUUAAUUUCCUGUUGGAUGCUUCUCUGGGCAUGUUGCUGAUCUAUGCGGGGGUGAGAGCCGUCAGUGCGAUUGUGGAAUGGAAGCAGUGGGACUCUCUGCGUUUUGGUGAAUAUGGAGAGCCAGUGCAGUGCACAGCGUGGUUGGGCCAGUGUAUCCUCUACAUCCUCAUCAUGGUGUUUGAGAAAGUCCUUAUCAUGCUGGUCCUCCUCAUCCCACAGUGGAAGAAGCUGGCUCUCCUGAACCCCAUAGAGAAUCCUGAACUGGAACUGGCCAUCGUCAUGCUCAUUGUUCCGUUCUUCGUCAACGCCCUCAUGUUCUGGGUGGUGGAUAAUUUCCUCAUGAAGAAGCACAAGACGAAAGCAAAGCUGGAGGAGAGAGAGGAGGACUCACGGGGUAACAGCAAGGUGCGCUACAGACGAGCUCUAUCCCACGACGACUCAGAGUCAGAGAUCCUUUUCUCGGCAGACGACGAAAUGGACGAGUCUGAUGAAGACGAUGUUCGGCGGCUCACCGGCCUGAAGACGUUGAAGAAGAAGAAGCUCCGCAUGGGGAUCCCCGUUUGAACCGUGUGCCUCGCUGAACUGCUUUGAGCAGAUCUCCUCCGGCAGCUGUUCCCCUUGCAGGCCCGCACCUCCACAGAUUCAGUGUCACCCUGAGGGGUUGGCACAAUCUGACAUGCUGUGAUGCCCUCUGACAGAAGGAGAUACUGUAGGCGCAGUCCUUUGAUUGUUGACUCCUGGAGGACUUCUGCAUACACAGAGUCUAACGGGGGAAUUUAUUGAACACACUGGGAGAUAUUUUUACGGUUAACCAGGUACAUCGGAUCACUGUUGCAUCUCGACGCGGCACUCCUUGGAUGAGUGUUGUGUUUUAAAAGAAUAGGGGGUUGGGGGGACACAAACAUAACAUUGCUAAAUCCUUCAUGUAUGCAUAAUAGGAAAACCGUAACACUGGUCUAAUACUGUUUGGACACUGGUGGCAAUGUGUGUGGGGGCAAUGGUCCAGCAUCAGGUUGGUCGGGUGACUCUAAAUGGCCACAACAGACCCGAACAUCAUGCAAACAAAACUGUUCAAUGGGUUUGUUACAUGUGACCGUCUGACAUGUCCAUGUCCUCUAAAGGGAUUGGGUCCUCCAUGUAGAUCCCAUUUAAAUGUUGUCCUUUUGUUUUCCCAUAUAGAUGUACCUCCAUGGCCUGUGAUGCUUGUGUGUGUGUGUGUGUGUGUGUGUGUGUGUGUGUGUGUGUGUGUGUGUGUGUGUGUGUGAGUGAGAGAGAGAGAGGGUGUUUACAGACACACCUCUAAUUUAGAUGAGCAUCACGUCAGAGUGCUUGAAUCGCUGUGUCCGAACACUUUCCAGUUACACACGUAACUACUUCAUAUCUUGUGUGUGCUGUUACUCGUGCUAAAGGGAGCACAUUGACGCUGGCAGCGACCUUCCACUUUUAUCUCCUGUCCUUUUCAAAGUGUUCAACCUGCAGGACCGCGAGCACCGCACUGCAACGUCCGUCUGAUAUCGACUCUGCAUGUGUUGUUGUGGUGUGUCGACACAAGGCGUCAGUCUCCGUUUGUUUGUGACUGUUUUACUGAUGUGCUCUGAUUGUGUGUUCUUUGUCUUUGAAUGUCUUUUGUCUCAUUUCACGUUGUCAGGUUGGUGUUGUUUUUUUUGUAAUAGUUUUUGAGUGUUCUUUUUGGGCCAAAAAGGUGACUAUGCUUGUUCCAAAAGUGUUCUUUAUUCCUUAACUCCAACAAGGAGAGUAGAUAUGGGAACCAUCUCUUGCACAAUUCACAAUUUACACAGCUUUCACCUUUCCUUUUGUGUGUGCGUGUGAUUUUAUUGUUCUUAUUUUCUUUUGUUUCUAAUGUGCCUGAAUGAAAUGACCAGCAGGUGGUUUUCUUUUUCUUUCUUUUGUUGGUUUUGAUAGACAUAUUUUUUGGACUGUUUUAACCAGAGCUCCAGAUGUUCAGGCAUUCAGCUGGCUCUGAUGUGAAGAAUGUGACAUGUAUAGACCUCGAAACUGUUAAGUGACUGUGGACCAGACAGUCGGCAGAAAGUGUACGUGUGUGUGUGUGUGUGUGUGUGUGUGUGUGUGUGUGUGUGUGUGUGUGUGUGUGUGUGUGUGUAUUUGUAAGUGUGUGCGCAUGCCAGUGUGUAUAUAUACACAGUAUACCUGCAUGUACUGGCGUGCGCUGGAUGCAUGUGUUCAAGUGUGCGCAGUUGGUGUGACUGCUGGUGGAGAGUGACAUACGGUGGUGGUGGUGAUUUCAUUUUGAUGUUUUUGGCACGUUGGCAGGGAAUAAAUGACAUGUGCAUUUUAAAGGAGGAAAGUGCAGCUCAGCUCAGCCAGGACAAAGAGGGCUUUAAGUAUUUAGCCCAGUGAGGAUGAUUACAAUGGCAAGUGACUGGGGUAAAUUAUCAUUCUAAAUGCUUUUCCAAUAAAGAAUGUGAUACACUGUCAUAAUUCUUACUAAUAAUUCAUACUACAAGUUGUAUGCUAAGUUAGAAAUGUUUCCCUUGUCAGUACACAAAAAAAAAAUCCAAUUAAUGCAGGAUAGCGUGGGCACAAUUAAUUGCUAUUCUUUACCAGUCGAGGCAGCGCUUUGACACACACACCACAGAUUUGAUGAGAGGUGCAGUCGCCACUAGUGCCAUCCGACCCUCAGUCAUGAAUGAUUCUAUGUCCAAAAAUAAAUCCGGCUGGUAACUUCUUACAAACGGCUACAUGAAGACACACGUUUAGCGUCAGGUGUCAUUUUUGCUCCUUCAGAAGCUCUUAAAAAUACAUUACAUCCUGCCUCAUCAGCUUCAGUUAACACACACACACACAGCAUGUAUUAUCACUCCAUAAUUAUAUCAUUUGUUGUUUUUCCUAGACCCCCAGUAACACUG